GUAGAGUCGAUACAGGCAUACAAGCCGCUUUGUACAUCUCUCAGCGUCGAAACAUCGCUUGAGUCCUCUGUCCCAAAGGAACGGCUCUCGGCUCUCCGGCUCCCCUACCUUGGCGCACAACGCUUCCUUUGCCUCAGGCUCCGUACCCCUCUCCUUCACCACCACCACUCACCAUGUUCGUCAUUUCCCUCCCCUUCACCUUGGUGCACCACACCAUCACCUACCUCUACCCCCUCUAUGCCUCCUACAAGGCCAUUUCCUCCCACCAAUCCUCCUUUACAGGAGCAGGAGGUGGAUUGGCUAGGAGUGUGACUGGGGAAGAGAGGACGGAAAUGGCUGAAUUGGAGACGUGGUUGAUGUAUUGGAGUGUGGUGGGAGCGAUGCAGAUUGUGGAAGGUUGGGGAGAGUGGGCUUGGAGUUGGCUGCCCUUCUACACAAUCGCCAAGCUCGCAUUCACACUAUGGCUCGUACUACCACAGACUAGGGGCGCGACGCUACUCUACACUAACUACCUAGGACCUUUCUUGCGCACUCACGAAGGUGACAUCGACGUUGCCCUCGCCUCGGCCAGACGGAGGGCGAGCGAAGUGGCAGGGAAUUGGAUCAUGACCAUAUGGCAGCAACUGCGCUCAGCCAUCCUAGGAGCAGCAAUGGCUCCCGACUCUGCCCCUUCGUCAUCUACACAUAUGUCCGAGCCAGGCCCAACACAGACACCUCCUACGCUACACAAUCCUGCGAGCGGAGGCGCAUCGCAGCUCUUUGGUCUCCUGAAGCAUUACGGACCCCUCGCUGCCGCUGGAGUGGUGAGCGCAAUGGACAAGGCAGCAGCGCAAGCCGCCCACGCUACUGGUACUCAGCCUCCAUCUGGCGCUUCGAUCAAGCUCGCAUCGACUGACUCGCCCGAGAUGGACACAAAGGCCAAAGCCAAGGCGUCUGGGGCACGGACGGGAAUGCCUACGACACGCUCCCGCGCCAAUCUCGCACGCUCAACAGCCACUGGCACAGCCGCUACACGCUCUUCUGCCCGUCUUGCCCCACCCAGCGGAACAGCAGCAGCAGCAGGUCGUGACACUCCCUCUAGCGACUGGUCUGAAGAAGACGACGAAGACGACAUUCACGCUCACGCACAUACUCGUGCUGCGGGACGAAAGAUUCGGACUCGCUCCGCCGCAGGCGUCGGCGCUGGUAAGCAGGACUUGAGUGGGAGCUACCAGCUUGUGGAUGGUGAAGAGAUGGAGAGCUCGGUAGAUGACGGUGUGGGAAGUGAGAGGUUGAGGGGAACGACUGGCGCUGGUGCAGGUGCGGGUGGGGAGAAGAGCUGGAGUGCUUGGAUUACGGGGAGAUGAGGUGAGGUGAGGUGAGCUGCUCGACACCGGAUAGGUCAGUCUAGCCCCUCCGGACCAUGAGUGUCAGAAGCUCCCUUUUUGCCUUGUGCCUUCCCCCUCACUUCUAUUACCGUCUCCCCCGUCUUCUUUCCAGCUCAUUGUGUCAUACUUGUACUCCACCCCACUCCACUCCACUCCACUCCACGCUCCCACCCAGCGCCCAGCGCCCUGCGCCCUGUCUCUUUAUGUCCCAUCUUUGUCU